AUGGCUAAAGCCGGAAACGCGGAGAGCGCGAACGCAGCAUUGGCGGCGGCGGGGCUGCGGCUGCGGCGCGCGCGGCUGUUCAAGCGCCAGGGCCGCGUGCCCGAGGAGCGCGCGCGCCGCCAGGCGUCCGAGCCCGCGCCCGCGCCGCAAGCCGCGCCCCCCGCGCUCGUCAAGCACGACUCCUACCCGCAGUAUCCCAAGGUAAUGAUGACGAUGACCCGGCUUAGCCUCAGGCGCGCGGUUCAAGCGCCAGGGCCGCGUGCCCGAGGAGCGCCCGCGCCGCAAGCCGCGCCCCCCGCGCUCGUCAAGCACGACUCCUACCCGCAGUAUCCCAAGGUAACGAUGACGAUGACCCGGCUUAGCCUCAGGCGCGCGGUUCAAGCGCCAGGGCCGCGUGCCCGAGGAGCGCGCGCGCCGCAAGCCGCGCCCCCCGCGCUCGUCAAGCACGACUCCUACCCGCAGUAUCCCAAGCGCCAGGGCCGCGUGCCCGAGGAGCGCGCGCGCCGCCAGGCGUCCGAGCCCGCGCCCGCGCCGCAAGCCGCGCCCCCCGCGCUCGUCAAGCACGACUCCUACCCGCAGUAUCCCAAGACGGAUGCAGGCGAACCAACGGCGACGGACACAAGAGGCGCGCAGGCCGGCGGCGUCAAGCGCGAGCUCGACGACUUCGACGCCGCCGCACAGUUCAUGUCGUCACAGUUGCGCGGGCUACCUUUGCCCUUCGCUAUUCAUUGUCAGAAUGUUCUAAAUUCGUAUGUGGCCAAAUUCCGGCUCAAUUUAUUGAAAAUGAAACCCCCAGCGUCCCCUAUGAGUGCAGUCCUGGAUCAGCCGCACAACGAGGAGGCCGCCCCGGAGCCCUCGACUUCCUCGCAAGCCUCGGUUCCCGGUCCCGACGUCAAGUAUUACGAAGUUAGCAUUGACAUUCCACAGACUGAGAAUCAGCCGGAGGCCGAACGGGAAAGUUCCCCCGAUUGCGUCAUCGUGCCGGCCGAAGCGGCCGAGGAGGACACGAACGCGGAGGGGACGAAUGCGGAGGAGUCGAGCGACGACGACUCCGACGACUGCGAGAUCAUCGAGGUGCCCGCCGAGGAGCCGCAGCAGGUGGACGACUCGUCGCAGGAGGCGCCGCAGGACGAGCCCGACGACUGCCUUAUCACGCGAGUCUACUUUUUGUCGCCGCCGCCGCCGCCGCUGCCGCCGCCGCCGCCGCCGGCGCGGCCCGUGCCGUACAACCCGCCUCAGGCGCACUUUUCCGGCUACGUGCCGGCACCGCAGUACUUCGCUCCGCCGUGCGUGCUAAGCGGCGGCUGCCCGCUGCCCCCGCCGGGCUACCACGACUGCUCCUGCUGCCCUUGUUCGUGCUCCGGGCCGCCCAUGCCGCCGCCCAUGCAACACAUGCCGCCGAUGUUGCAUUGCCCCAGUAUGCAGCUAACCAUCCAUCCGGGAAUGGCACCGAAUAUGCAGCCGGUCAUGCCGCCGUCUAUGACGCCGACAAUGCCGCCGUCUAUGACGCCGACAAUGCCGCCGUCUAUGACGCCGACAAUGCCGCCGACUAUGCAGCCGGCUAUGCCGUCGACUAUGCAGCCGGCUAUGCCGCCGACUAUGCCGCCAAUCAUACAGCCCAAUUACCAAAUGGAGGAAGAACCAAAUUUGCCAGAUGAGUACGUUCAAAUAUAAGACAGACGUACAUAUGAUUGUGAUAUUAUACACGUAUUUACCCAAUUUUAUAUAAUAUAUUAAUUAAAUCCACAAUAGCUGAACGGUGAAGGCCGACUCGAUAUCUGAGGAACGCGGGUUCGAACCCCGCCGCCGCUCGACUAUUGUGGUGAGCCCACUCGUGACACAAGCAUAUUUAGCUUAGUACGAGGGGCAGACGGAACUAUUAGUUAUUUGUGAAGUACAAAUUACUAAUAUUCUUUUUAUAAAUGUCCUAUGUAUAUCUAGUCUAUAACUAGACUACCUAGAUGUAAGAUUUUAUCAAUGUUUUUUAGAGUUUAUUUCGUUUGAUUGAAUGUGCAUAUCGGACUGACGAGUUUCACUUAGCACGACACCCGCUUCGAAAGCACAGCUCUGCGAUAAUGAUCAAAGGCAAAGGGUAUCUUUGCUCAGUUAGAACGCCUUGUUGUUGAUGCGGCGUCCUUUAGCGUGAGUACCACAGUCGCCCGCGACGUCCUUGUAAACUAAUACAAUUCCACUUCAUUUGCUAUGCAUUUCCUUCAUACCUUACGGAAUAUCAUCCGGUAUCUAUUUAAAUAUAUAUAACUCAAAGGUGACUGACUGACUGACUGACAUAUUGAUCUACCAACGCACAGCCCAAACCACUG